AUGGCAGCACUCCCGGACGAAGACGUCGAUACGCCGUCCUGGCGCGUUGAAGCGCUGAACCUUGCGACGAAAAGUGGCAAGAUCGUCCGGAGGGUGGCUGAGCGUUAUCUCCGCGACGACCUCAGCUGCUCGCUGCCGCGCUGCCAUUUGUGCUGUGCCGAGGUCGACGUCCUUACGGCAGUGAAAGUGCUGAAGCGAGCCAAGGCGGUGCUAGCAGAGUCGCCCCGCAACGGAGUGUACCUGCUGCCAUCCAUGAAGACAAUGUUGCUGCGGAUGGACCUCCUGGAGCUCUCAACGAAGACUGUCGAUACUGCGGGGCAAGAGGUUUUUGCGGACGUGUUGGUGCUUGAGACCGUCUGGGAGUAUGUCAAGAGGCACGAUCUGCGCGUCUACCGGAGGCUCAAAGCUUUGAUACUGGACCGGGGUAGGCGCUUUGUGCCGUUCGCAAAUGAACACCAUCGAGCAUGUUUCGCGGAGAAGAAGGUGAAGCUGCCGAGAGGUUACGAGAAUGACGACGAGCACUUGGAGGAGCUCCAGCGAGACGACGUCAAGGUGUUGUUUCUGGCUCAUGAUGCUGAGGACUUGGAGCAUGCUGAAAAGUGUGGAGUAGAUGGAGGAGUAACUAUUGCGGAGUUCUUAGAGCCCGUGACUGCUGAGUUUCCCGAGUUGCAAGAGCUUUUAUCUAUUACAACUGCCGAGGAGAACGCAUUAGAGGCGGAAGGGGCGAGCAGCUCAGCUGGACGCGGUGGCCAACAACAGCAACUAUACCCCGAGCACUUGCGAGCGGAGGAGAUAGCGACUGGCAUUGAGAGCAAGAAGCUUUUCCUGGGGACGAUCCGAUGCGAGCACAGACUUUGGAAAAAGACGUCGGAUUCGCGUGACGAUAGUGGCAACGUGUCUGCGUUGGAAGAGACUGGUGACGAGGAGGAGCGACAAGCUCAAGAUGCAGGCGAAAUUGAUGAUAAACGGACUGUGCGGCCUACUGGUCGUGUCGUUGGGAUUAUUCAGCGGAACUGGCGCAAAUGUUGCGGGUCGCUGGAGCUUUCUUCUCAUCACGGUACGGCACUCAAUGCGCCAAGUGCAUGCCUCGUCGUACCCGUGGACCGGAAGAUGCCGAAGAUUAAAAUCCAGACUCGUCAGCAGGAAGCACUUGCGGGCAAGAGGCUGCUAGUGGAAAUUGGUUCCUGGCCUGUAGACAGCAACUACCCCCUGGGUCACUACGUGCGCUGUGAAGUGGUGCGUUGCCUGCCACCUGAAGACUGGGAGAUCACUCCACAGAACUCCGCGGGGCGUCGUGAUCUGCGUCGCCUGCACGUCUUCAGUGUCGAUCCGCCCAACUGCAGGAACAUUGACGACACACUGCAUGUCAGGUUCCGUGUGAACGGAAACUACGAGGUGGGCGUCCACAUUGCCGACGUAACGCACUUUGUGGCUCCGGGAACCGCUCUGGAUCGAGUAGCCGCCGCCCGAGGGAAGUCAUCGUACCUGGUGAACCGCCGAUGCGAUAUGCUCCCAGAUCUUUUGACGACGAAGUUCUGUUCGCUCACAGCCAACGAAGAUCAUUUCGCGUUCAGUGUGCUGUGGGAACUAAAGAUCACUGAAGACGACGUACAGGUCGUCAAGGUAGAGUUCUGCAAGACCAUCAUCCGCUCUGUGGCAUCCCUCGCUUACAGCGAGGCGCAGGAUCACUUACGUCCUUCGAAGGGUGGAAGCGCUGUGGAGAAUCGCGCUGAGUCCAACCAGCAACGCUGUGAACGGCUACAGCAACUGCGUUUGGUCGACAAUAUCAAGAUGCUGAGUAUGAUCGCCGCCAAGUUGAGGAAGAAACGCAACGAGGCGGGUGGCGUAUUCGAUAGUGAAGCGGAUGCAAGACACCGAGGUGAUCAGUCCAUUGUGGAAGAAUUCAUGCUGCUGGCUGAAGUCUCCGUCGCGAAGAAGAUCCACCAACACUUUCCGUUGUGCUCGAUUCUCCGUCGGCACCCAACACCUUCCAGCUCUCAGCUUGCUCCACUUGUACAAGAUGCAAGAGGUGCUGGAGUUGAACUGCGAGUGGAGACUACCAAACACUUGAAGGAGUCAAUUGAUACUGUGCGGAAACUGGUCCAGGCGGAAAGACGCACGAACCGCAGCUUGAGCAAGCUGUUACGCAGGAUGACUAAAUCUUGUAGGAAGUCGGCGAGUUACUUCCGAUCAGGCGACCUCAGCCCGGAGCAGUGUUAUCAUUUCAAGUUGGCAGCACCAGUCUUCACGCACUUCACGUCUCCGAUGCGACGCUACGCCGACGUAAUGGUGCAUCGCCUGUUAGCGGCGGCCAUUGGUGUUGGUCCAAUCCCACGCUGUCUCAAGAACGAAUUGCAGGCCCGGGAGCUGUGCGAGCACCUAAACAAGCGCUACAGCGCAUCUCAGCGCGCUGGUAGAGCCUCGAAAAACCUGUUCACAGUACUUCACUUCCAGCAGUACCCAACACGCGCAGAUGCAGAGAUCAUCAAGGUUACAAGCGACAGUAUCCGUGUGGAGCUGCUGCGUUUCGGGAUCGAGGGCACGGUCUUCUUGUGCAAUAAGGAUGAUCCUGAUGGGUCUGAGCUGCAGUUCGACUCCACGGAGCAGACGCUGACGGUGAGCAACCGUAACCUGCAACUGUUUGACCACGUGCGGGUCAAGGUCUACGCAGAUCAGACGUUUGGAAAGAGCCUGAAGGUGAAGAUGGACUUGUUGGACGAACGUGACGAGGUCAAGGAUAAACGGAACAGGUCCUGGAGGAAGGCUGAAAAGAAGUUGCUCGCGAUUCUGAAAGAUUUUAAGUAA